CUGGUCUGGCUUGUCGUCCUGAUAGGACUUGGGGCAACGCACGCUCGCGGCGAUUACCGGGAUUUGCGGACCGCCUUUGAGCAGUACCAGCCCCCUUCGCACUUGUUCCACCUCCCCACCGAAGCACCGCCCGAAACGCCUGCCCAAAACGACGCCUUCGAAGCCGAAAAACAACGCCUCCUGGACCUCCAGACACGCUGGCAGGAAGAACUUCGGGACCUGUCGGCGCCUACGGCGUUCUACCAUCCAGACUCGCGGACUUUGGAGGAUUUGACGGGCGCGCAGGCGGAUACUGCGGCGGCGCAAGCCGCCGUGAGCCAGCCAUUUUCCCAGGCAGUGCCGGAGGUGCUGGCCCUGCUGCGUUCGCCCGCGGUGAAGGCGGCGGAGCACCGGGUGCGGGCGGCGCUGGAAAAAUACAGCCAGGUCAGCGCUGUCGACGACAUCCUGCGGCGCUAUAGCGCCUUCGCGGAAGGCGCCAUGACCGGGGUUGGCGCCAUGCGAGGGCACGGCGGGGGGCGGGGUCAGUUUCCCUUUCCGGGGGUGCUGGCGCUGAAAGGUCAGGUGGUGACCCAGGACGUCAUGGCGGCUCGUGAGCAGUUGGAAACCGCACGCCGCGAUGCGGUGACCGCAGCACGCAAAACCCACUGGCGGCAGUGGUUCCUGCACCAGGUGCUGUCGAUCACCGAGCGCACCAUCGGGCUGUUGAGAGAAUUGGAGCAGGUGUCGAGCACCCGCUACGAGGCCGGCAGGACCAGUUUCCAGGACGUGAUCAAGGUGCAGGUGCAGCGCGAGUUGCUGGACGAACGGCUGGUCACGCUGCGGGAGCAGUUGCGUAAUGCGCACGUGGAGACCCGGCAGAUCCUCCACCUGCCGCCGGACACCCCGAUUGGCCUGCCGCAAGUGAACCUGGCCGGGGCCGACAUCCCCGAUUUGCCGUCGCUCUACGAUAUGGCCGUCGCGGGCCGCCAGGAGCUCAGCGUGCUGCGCGCCCGCAUUGGCAAGAUGGACGCCAUGAUCGAGAUGGCCGAAACCAUGCUCCUGCCGGCCUUCGAUCUGGGUCUUUCCACCUACAAAGACCAAGCCAUCAGGCAAGUGGGAACACAGGCCGGGCAACCAACAUUCGCCACCAGGACAGACGCUGCUGCCGGUGCGGGACAGCCCAAAAAACCCUGGUUCGGUUUCGCUGAUGCCUAUCUGCGUGAGAUGCGGCAGAAGCGCCAGGCCAUGCAGGAAGAAUUGAACCGACUGCAAGACGCCACCGUCGCGCUGGUCCGCAACAAGUGGUUUGUUCUCGACCGAGCAAAACGUGAAAAACGAUUGUACCAGAACACCUUGGUGCAGCUAUCGGAAGCCGCCCUGGAGGUCUCGACCAGCGGGUACGAAUCGGACAGGGUGGCGUUUGCCGACGUGAUUGCAUCCUAUACCCUCUGGCUCGACGCCAAUCUCGCGCUGGCCGACAAGCGCAGCGCCUAUGGGAUAAGUCUGGCGGAACUCGAGCAGGCGGUGGGGCAAUCCUUUACGCAGCGCCGGAAAGAGUAG